AUGGUUUCUGCUCCUGGAUAUGUGAAUGCAGAAAUCACAGCAUCAGUUUGUCAGCUGAGAAGUGUUAGCAUUCAUGGCUAUAGCAGAAAAGGUGACAUUAACAUUGGAGGGAUUUUUUCACUUUACAUUGGAGAGCCUGCCAGUCACAUUCUUUUUACUGAACUGCGUGAAGCUGCGCUGUGCAAAAGAGUAUAUGAAAAACUUCUGGCUCUAAUAUUUACAACUGAAGAGAUCCAAAAUGACCCAGAACUGCUACCGAAUGUCACACUUGGGUAUGUGAUUUAUGAUUCCUGUUCAGCUAUUUCUAGAGCUCUUGAAGGUACAAUGAGGUUGCUUACUGGACAGAGAAAGACAAUUCCAAAUUAUAAUUGUCAGGCUCUUUCCUCAGUUGUAGCUGUGGUUGGUGAUUCAUAUUCAUCGACCUCAAUGCCCAUGGCUAGACUACUGGGACUCUACAAAUUUCCUCAGAUAAGUUAUGCAGCAACUGUUAUGGCUCUUAGUGACAAACAUCAGUUUCCAUCUUUUCUCAGAACUAUUCCAACUGACCUAUUACAGUCCAUUGGCAUAGUCCACUUGCUUUUUUAUUUUGGUUGGACAUGGAUUGGACUUCUGUCUGAUAGCAGUGACUAUGGUCUGCAAGGCAGUCUUAUAGUAAAAGAAGAACUUGUUAAAGCUGGGGCUUGUAUUGCUUUUUCUGAAACAAUACCUGCAGUAUAUUCUGAGAUGAAGAUUCAGUAUAUAAGUGACAUAGUUAGGAAAACAUCUGCAAAUGUGAUAGUGAUCUAUUCCACAGAUGUUGCUCUUUACCCUGUUAUGGAGGUGAUUGCAUUGAACAAUGUGACUGGAAAAGUCUGGAUAGCCAGUGAUGGUUGGGCGCAGUCUUACUUGUUUUCUAAGAAUGAAUUUUUGAGAACAUUACAAGGAACGCUUGGUUUUCUGGUAAGAAGAGGAGAUAUGUCUGGAUUUCAUGAGUACAUUUACAGUCUUAACCCAUAUAAUAAUCCAGAUGACAUAUUCCUGAAAAUGUUUUGGGAACUUGUUUUUGACUGUAAGCUACAUAUCCUGGAUAAAACUAAUAUGAACAUCACUGAAGAAUCAAAAAUCUGUUCAGGAGAUGAAACACUUGAAGGCAUGAAACUGGACUUUUUUCAGUUUACUGAUUUAAGGUACACAUAUAACAUCUACAAUGCAGUCUAUUCAAUUGCCCAUGCAUUACAUGACAUGAUUUCAUGCAGACGUGGGGAAGGACCAUUUUAUAAUGGCACAUGUGCUUUCAUGUAUGAUUUGCAGCCAUGGCAGUUCUUCUACUAUAUAAAGAACAUUCGCUUUAGGAAUAAAGAGAGUGAAGAAGUGUUCUUUGAUGUAAAUGGUAACCCUCCAGGACUGUACAGCAUUUUAAACUGGCAAGUAACUCCAGAAAACACUUUUAGAUACCUGGAUAUUGGUCGCUUUGACUCCACUGCUGCAGAUAAUCAAAAACUAGCAGUCAACUUGUCUGAAAUGCUAUGGAAUAAAGGUCAUGAAAAGGUCCCUCAGUCAUUGUGCAGUGAAAGUUGUUCUGCAGGCUACAGGAAGGCACCUCAGCCAGGCCAGCCAAUCUGCUGCUUCAAAUGUAUCAUGUGCUCUCAGGGAGAAAUUUCCAACCAAACUGAUGCUGUUGCAUGUGUGAAAUGUGCUAAAGACGGCUGGCCCAAUGAAAGGCAGGACAAGUGCAUCACAAAAGUAGUUGAAUUCCUUUCCUAUGAAGAACCACUUGGUGCAGCAUUAGCAGCAGUUUCUACAUUCCUGGAAAUGGCCACUGUUGCUGUUCUAACAAUCUUUAUAAAGUACCGUCACACACCUAUUGUCAAGGCCAACAACAGGGGGCUCAGUUAUUUACUUUUAUUCAGUCUCAUGUCUUGCUUUCUCUGUUCAUUUCUUUUCAUAGGCUGCCCCACACAUAAGACAUGUAUGCUUCGCCAAGCUACAUUUGGCAUUAUUUUUACAUUGUCUCUCUCUUGCAUUUUAGCUAAAACUAUUGUGGUGGUUAUUGCCUUCAGUGCACGCAAACCAAAUAGCAACAUGCAGAAAUACUCAGAUCCCAGGCUGCCAAAAUUCUUAGCUAUACUCUGUACAAUUGUCCAGACAAUAGAGUGUGUUUCAUGGUUAAUUGUCUCUCCACCAUUUCCAGAUGAAAAUAUAUCUUCUGUAACAGGGAAAAUCAUUCUAGAAUGCAAUGAAGUCUCACCUGUGGCAUUUUGGUGCAUGCUGUCUUAUAUGGGCCUUUUAGCUGUUGUAAGCCUUGUAGUUGCUUUUCUGUCCAGAAAGCUGCCAGACAGCUUUAAUGAGGCUAAGUUUAUCACAUUUAGUAUGCUGGUAUUUGUUAGUGUGUGGAUGUCAUUUAUUCCAGCCUACCUAAGCACACAGGGGAAGUAUAUGGUGGUUGUGGAAAUAUUUGCCAUUGUAUCCUCAGGGGCUGGAUUGCUGCUUUGUAUAUUUAUUGCAAAGUGCUACAUUAUUCUGCUAAGGCCAGAAAUGAACACAAAAGACUAUGUAAUGGGGAAGGGUACAUUUAAGAAUGGAAAAGAUUAA